AUUAUGUUUCCAAGUGAAGACUGGAACUCAAGUGAGCUGCUUAACAGCUCCAUUGGAAACUCCUCUAUGGGGGACACAGAGGACGAGGAGCACCCCUUCCUGACGGAUGCUUGGCUGGUGCCCCUUUUCUUCUCUCUCAUCAUGCUAGUGGGGCUGAUCGGAAACUCACUGGUGAUCUAUGUCAUCUCCAAGCACAGACAGAUGAGGACCGCCACUAACUUUUACAUUGCUAACUUGGCUGCCACUGACAUCAUUUUCCUGCUGUGCUGCGUGCCGUUCACUGCUACCCUCUACCCUCUGCCUGGCUGGAUAUUUGGGGACUUCAUGUGCAAAUUUGUUGCUUUUCUCCAACAGGUGACUGUACAGGCGACGUGCAUCACUCUUACGGCGAUGAGUGGAGACCGUUGCUAUGUGACUGUGUAUCCUCUGAAAUCCCUGCACCAUCGAACCCCUCGUGUCGCAAUGAUUGUUAGCAUCUGCAUCUGGAUCGGUUCCUUCAUCCUUUCCAUACCAAUCUUCCUGUACCAGAGGCUUGAGGACGGCUAUUGGUAUGGACCAAGAAAAUACUGCAUGGAGAGGUUUCCAUCAAAGACCCACGAGAAAGCUUUCAUCCUCUAUCAGUUCAUAGCCGUAUAUCUACUGCCUGUCAUUACCAUCUCCUUCUGUUAUUCCUUCAUGCUGAAGAGAGUGGGACAAGCUUCCGUGGAACCAGUGGAUAACAACCAUCAGGUCCACCUGCUCUCAGAGAGAACUAUCUCCAUUAGGAGCAAGAUUUCCAAAAUGGUAGUGGUCAUUGUUGUUCUCUUCACCAUCUGCUGGGGUCCCAUUCAGAUCUUUGUCCUGUUCCAGUCUUUCUAUUCCAACUUCAAAGCCAACUACGCAACAUAUAAGAUCAAGACAUGGGCCAACUGCAUGUCCUAUGCCAACUCCUCUAUCAACCCUAUUGUCUACGGUUUUAUGGGCGCCAGCUUCCGCAAGUCCUUCAGGAAGACCUUUCCCUUCCUCUUCAGACACAAAGUGAGAGACAGCAGUGUCGCCUCCCGCACGGCCAAUGCAGAAAUAAAGUUCGUAGCAACGGAGGAGAGCAACACUGAGAGGAAAUGAGAGCAGAUGACACCUCAACCAUGAAUCCAUGCCAACUGUCUAGUCGCCGAAGCACAGGCUUCCCCCAUAAAUAGGGGUUAUAUUCCGUUCGCUGAGUUGUGAAAAAAUUCUAAUGUGGUGCAAAAGGCCAUUUAGAAGGCAAAGAACUGCAAAAGUGCACAUAAAUUAUUACAGUUAUAAUUACAGAGUUAAGUAGUAUUAUUUAAUAU